UCAGUUUUACUCCUAGCGCACAUAAGCACACCAGUCAGGAAUGCACCCAAGCCAGAGCACACGGUGCGGAUAACGGAGUGGGCACUUCUCCACAUGUAACUGCACAGUGAUCCAGGACUGAGGGCAGCCGGCAGCCUUGCUUCCAAAGGGGAAGGAUCAGUUUGAUAAAGCAUUUCUGGAGGUGCCUUACGAGAUGGAACUGCACAUCUGACCGCGCACAGGAGAGCAGCUCGGCAGAAAUGGAAACCGUGGUGAUAGUUGCCAUCGGCGUGCUGGCUACGAUCUUCCUGGCAUCCUUCGUGGCGCUUGUGGUGGUUUGCAGGCAGCGCUACUGCCGGCCCAAGGAUCUCCUGAAUCAGUAUGAUACCAAACCGAUCGUCGACCUUAUUGGGGCGAUGGAGACGCAGUCGGAGCCUUCGGAGCUUGAGCUGGAUGAUGUCGUGAUAACAAACCCCCACAUCGAGGCCAUUCUGGAGAAUGAGGACUGGAUCGAAGAUGCUUCGGGCCUGGUCUCUCACUGCAUCGCUAUUCUCAAGAUUUGUCAUACUUUGACAGAGAAGCUCGUUGCAAUGACAAUGGGCUCUGGGGCCAGAAUGAAAUCUCCCGCGAGCCUGAGUGAUAUUAUUGUGGUUGCGAAGCGGAUCAGCCCCAGGGUGGAUGAUGUUGUGAGGUCGAUGUACCCGCCUCUGGAUCCCAAGCUUCUGGAUGCACGGACAACAGCCCUGCUGCUGUCUGUCAGCCACCUCGUCCUGGUGACCAGGAGCGCCUGCCACCUAACCAGUGGCAUGGACUGGAUCGACCAAUCGCUGUCUGCUGCGGAGGAGCACAUGACGGUGCUGCGCGAAGCUGCUCUGGCCACCGAGCCCGAGAGAAGCAUCGCGGGGGGCGCGGAAAGCUUCCUGCAGGAGCAGUCUGCCAUCUGACGGAGGCGGCACGGCCUGUCCUGCUGAGGGCUGAUGCUCCACGUUCUCAGGGAGCCCAGGCCGCUGCUCGGUGCGCUGAGGUGGUCAAAUAUUUGCAUGAGCCCUGCAGAGCUAUUAGUAUAUUGACACUGACCUGUUACCAGAGGGUAGCUAAGGCAAUGCGCUUCUGCUGGUCCCCUGCUGCUUUGUAGUUUGGUUGAAGUGCCCUGCGCAUGGAACAGUGGGGCUCUGAUCAAUAAAAUCCCAUGAGAAAUCA